CCUCAGGGCCGACUCCAGCUCUUUUCUCCAUCCCCCUUCCCCCCUCCCACCCAUUCUACUUGUCCGCAAUGGCUUCCCGCCGCUUGGCUCUCAACCUUAACCAGGCUCUCCGGAGCCGUGCGGCUCUCAAGUCCAUUCAGCCCGUGAAGCGUGGCUUUGCCUCGCCCGUUGCGCUGCCUUCCACCACCCAGUCUACCACCCUCUCCAACGGCUUCACCAUUGCCACCGACUACUCGCCAUGGGCUCAGACUUCCACCGUCGGCGUGUGGAUCGAUGCCGGUUCCCGGUCAGAGACUGACAAGACCAACGGCACUGCGCACUUCCUCGAGCACCUUGCCUUCAAGGGCACCAACAAGCGCUCCCAGCACCAAUUGGAGUUGGAGAUUGAGAACAUGGGUGCUCACCUGAACGCCUACACCUCGCGCGAGAACACCGUCUACUACGCCAAGGCUUUCAACAACGAUGUCCCCAAGGCCGUCGACAUCCUCUCCGAUAUUCUCCAGAACUCCAAGCUCGAGCCCGCUGCCAUCGAGCGUGAGCGUGAUGUGAUCCUGCGCGAGCAGGAGGAGGUUGACAAGCAGCUCGAGGAGGUCGUCUUCGACCACCUGCACGCCACCGCUUACCAGGGCCAGCCCCUCGGUCGCACUAUCCUCGGCCCCAAGGAGAACAUCCAGACCAUCACCCGUGAGAACCUGACCGACUACAUCAAGACCAACUACACUGCCGACCGCAUGGUCCUCGUUGGUGCCGGUGGUAUCCCCCACGAGCAGCUCGUUCGCCUGGCCGAGGAGCACUUCGGUGGCCUCCCCAGCAAGCCCCCUACCUCUGCCGCCCUCGCCCUUACUGCUGAGCAGAAGCGCACCCCCGAGUUCAUCGGCUCCGAGGUUCGUCUCCGUGACGACACCAUCCCCUCCGCCCACAUCGCUCUUGCCGUUGAGGGUGUCAGCUGGAAGGAUGAUGACUACUUCACUGCCCUCGUCGCCCAGGCCAUCGUCGGCAACUGGGACCGUGCCAUGGGCCAGUCUCCUUUCCUCGGCAGCAAGCUCAGCUCCCACGUCAGCCACCACCACCUCGCUAACAGCUUCAUGAGCUUCUCCACUAGCUACAGCGAUACCGGUCUCUGGGGUAUCUACCUUGUCUCCGAGAACCUGACUUCCCUCGAUGACCUGAUCCACUUCACCCUCCGCGAGUGGUCUCGUCUCUGCCGCGACGUCUCCUCCGCCGAGGUUGAGCGCGCCAAGGCCCAGCUCAAGGCCUCUAUCCUUCUGUCUCUCGACGGCACCACCGCUGUUGCCGAGGAUAUCGGCCGCCAGAUCGUCACCACCGGCCGCCGUCUCAGCCCCGAGGAUAUCGAGCGUGUCGUUGGUGCCAUCACCGAGAAGGAUGUUAUGGACUUCGCCAACCGCAAGCUGUGGGACCAGGAUCUUGCCAUGAGCGCCGUUGGCAGCAUUGAGGGUAUCCUUGACUACCAGCGUCUCCGCAACGACAUGUCUCGCAACCUGUCUUAAAUUUACCCGUGUCUCCAAUUGCGAUUAAAAGACAACCAUCCAGGAGUCUUCGGGCUCGGGAUGGGGGUGUUUGUUUGAAUGUAUUAUCAAUCAUUGCCUUGGGUUGCUGUUUAGACCCUGACUUGUGUGUGAAAUAGCAGUUAAUGGUUUGCCAUAGUAGACUAUAUAGUCUGUCGCCCGGAUUGUGGCAGACCAAUCGAUCUCCUUUGUUUCUUUUGUCCUCAUGCCAUCAAGUAACAGUGGCUUGUACAGAAUUUGGAUAUACUACUCUAGAAAUAUGCAUAGUAUUGCUAAUAUCUGAGUUCUUAGUACAUCUCCGUAGCCACAAUUGCCCCAU